UUCAGUACAUUCUGGAGUGUGGCAGUCACCACUUAAGAGUAAAUAUGCGAAAGGUCUCAGAUAAUGACCAGGCGUAAAGGGUAAAACGCGCUGACAGAUGCAGAACUUCACCUUACAGUGGACGUUUAUGAGAAUUCUAAGAGCAGAAAGCUCCCCUCUCAUGGAGAUUGAAAUAUGCUUCAGUGGUAGUGACUGAGUAAUUGCUGCUACUCAGCACUUUCAGCUUUGAUGAAUUUGCUCGAUUUACAGAACAGAAUUUUUUUUUCUUCAUGUCAACGGCCAGAGAGUAUGAAGUAAAUGACACCCUGUCAUUCAGUUCAGAGCUUCGGGAAUAACAGAACACUUAGCAGUUAAGAUCAUUUGGUUUCCCUCACAUCGGUGCAGUUUCCUUUAUGUUGGAUAAAAACAUAAUGCAUUGUGUCUUCUUGAAGAUAAAGGUUUCUGAGGGCCAGGACUCAGUUCUGGGAAAUAUUAUCAAGUGGUACUAAAUUUUGCAGCCUCAAGAACAUAGAAAAUAACCUAUAAAUAUGUUUAUGCCGAGCAGAGAGCUGCAUGAUAACACACAAUCUAUAUGUACCACAUCUGUCCAACCCUCCCAACUGAAUUCCACAAACUUUACUGGAUCUCCUAACAAACCAAAGCAAGGUGGAUUCAGGAAGGUCUGCUCCACUGGAGAACCAAUCCCAUGUCCAAUCCCAGGACUGGCAUCUGAGGUGCUGGAAAUGCGUGUGAAGGAAGGUAGCAAGAUUAGGAACCUUUUGGGUUUUGCCAUAUCUCGAUUUCAAGGCGACGGAAACACGGCUCCAACGUCUCAGGUUCUGUUCAGUGGGACAGGACGGGCUGUGACCAAAACAAUCACCUGUGCAGAGAUAAUGAAACGGAAAGUACAGGGCUUACACCAGGUGUCAAAGCUCCAGUACAGGACAGUGACUGAGGUGUGGGAGAGUCAGGAGAGUGGCCCAGUUCAGAUGACCAUACACAGAACUCUUCCUUCCAUUUGCAUUCUUCUGUCCAAAGAACCACUGGACCCGCAGGAGCCGGGAUAUCAGCCUCCAGUCGAAACUCUCUCGGAGGAAAGCAAAUGGGCAGAUGGACCGCAUGGGAGUGGAAAGCCAGAAAAAAGACCACCGAGUCCUUGUUCUCAUGAUCUUCCCAGUCUUAAAAGAGCUGCUCUGGGACAGGACAAAGUUGCAGCUUUCGAACCAGUGAAAAAAUGUUAAUAUAAAAGGAGAAACUGAUAUAAAAGUAUAUUUUGUGUGUUUACUUAGAUAACUUGCUUUAUUGGCUUAUAACUGUCAUACAAUUUGGCCAUAUCAGGAUGCAAUAAAUAUAAAUGUGUAAUUUGAGUGAUAAAAUGCAUGAAGCAGGCUAAUUUUACCACAUAACAGUCUGUGUUUAAAUUACAUCCAAAAUAUAAAACCAAAUAAUUUAUUGUUGGCUAGUUCUCUUACUCAUUCACUUUCAUCUUGCCUGCUCAAUGUUAUUCAUAUGUUUAUUCAUUUGGUAACACUUUAGAAUACUGUUCCAUCAUUAAUGAAUAACUAGGAACAAAUGAGUAACACAAUAUUAACAUUCUAGUAACUACUAUUAACUAACAAGGAACUCUGGUUAACAAAUUAGUAAGUAAUAGCGCUCAUUUGAAUGUUGUAGUUCACUAUUAGCUAAUCUCUACAUAACUCCCAGAGGAAUAGUAAGAACUACUAUAUACAGGUUCAUAAUUAAUGUGACUAAUGCAUAAAGUAUAAUUAAUUCUAAAGUGAAGAUCAUUGUAACCCACUAAUAAUGUCUCAAGUAUUACCAAAUCUAUUACUAAUUACUAAUUAUUUGGAACAGUAUUCUAAAGUGAAAAGCAUGAUAAGUCCCUGUAAUGGCUUAAGUCAUUGUAAGCUUUGGAGGUUUUUGUAAGGUUUUGGAUAGUAAAGACAAAAAGCAUGAUAACUCCCUAGUAAUAACUUAAGUCAUUGUAAGCUUUGAGGUUUUUGUAAGGUUUUGGAUAGCAAUGACUCAAGUGUUACUAUAUCCUUCUAAAGGAAUUACCAAUGUUGAGGGUAACGCAUUACAAGGAACUUGAGUUAUGUAAUCAGAUUACUUUUUUCAAGUAACUAGUAAUGUAAAGCAGUACUUUUAAAUUUACAACAAAAUAUCUGAGUUACUUUUUCAAAUAAGUAACCCAAGUUACUUUGUUUUCCCAUUUACUGACCGACUCUCCUGUCCCCAUGUUGAGAGAAAUCGUAAGUGCAGAGGCAUUGUGCGUGUCGUGUGAAUAUGAUGGGUAUUGCAGUUCUAGACUAAAUGUGAACAUGCAUUUACUCAUCUCACUUGCACAAAAACAGAUUCAAUAUUCCUCAAAACGAAUGAAAAAUGAAAUGCAUCAGACUACAAUGGCCAAGAAGCUUGGCCCAUCACUGUCACCAGCAUGCCCAGUUCUGAUGGCUGUUAGCCCUGUGCUUUCUGUACCUUCCCGUCCUGUGGUUCCUAUGCCAGAGUCCUCAACUAAUGUGGCUGUCACUUCAGAACCUCCAGCCAAUAUGGCCGCCACGCCAGAUCCUCCAGCCAACGUGGCUGCCAUUACAGAGCUUCCAGCUAUCAUGGACGCCAUACCAGAGCCUCCAGCCGUCAUGGGUGCUAUGCUAGAGUCUCCAGCCAUCAUGGGUGUUAUGCCAGGGCCUUCAGCCGCCAUGGUCGGCAUGUCAGUAUUCCCGGUUGUCAUGAAUGUCGCACAUGAAGCCAUUAAGGCAACCUCUAGGCGUUUGAGACUGGCUUCAAGUCUAGAAGACACACCACUGAUGUCUGUGCGAGCAGCUGCUAUCUCUGCAGUGGCAUCAAGUCUGGGGGUCUCAGAUGUGGUCCCACUGACAAUUGCACUCACUGUUACAGCCUUGGCCAUUUGGUGUGUUUAGGCCAUGCACUGCGCUUCAGAUCAUGAGUCCACUAGAGAACCCAAUCCAGCCUAAGACUCCGCUCCAAAGCCCGCUCCAGCCCAAGAGUCCGUUCCAGAGACCACUCCAGCCUGAGUUGGUCCUAGAGACCGCUACAGCCCAUGAAUCUGCUCUAGAACCCGCUCCAGCCCAAGAGUCUGCUCCAAAGCUCACUCUAGCCCAAUAGUCCACUCCAGAGCCCGCUCCAGUCCAAGAGUCUACUCCAGAGUUCCCUCCUGUCCCAGAGCCCAGCCUCAUUAACUAUGAACUUCCUGUCUGCCUUGAUGGAGGUCACCCCUUAUCUCAUUUCCUUUGUCUAUAAAAGCCAGGUUCACUCAGGCUGUGUCCAAAAUCGCCCCCUAUACCCUUAAAUAGGGCACUAUUUGAGAGGACAGCUAUUUGUAGUGGUGUCCGAAACCAUAGUGGAUAAUAUCGAGUGCACUCAUUCAAUCCCACAAUGCACAGCAAUAACAAGUGUACAACUGAUGCACACUAAACGGCUAGAGAAUACACAUAAUGCACUGUGAUAGUCACACGCCGAAUUAAUUCCUGCGUCUCGCCAGAAGAUGGCGCCCCCAGCUGAAUCAUUCAUCUAUCCAUUUUCCAAACCGUCCAAUGGUCCAAUGUGGGUACAGCGUAGUAUCAUAGAGGUAUAAAUUCAUUUUUAAGUGAUUAUUUAAUUAAGGUUUAUACAUAGUUUCCUAGACAGAGUUCAAGAUAUAUAUUUUCAUCUUACUACUGGAGCUGCCAGUUUGCUAAGUUUUAAAUGAUUAUUAAACAGCAAGCACAAACUAUGUAGAAGUGGCAGCCCUUCCGGCGCAUUCCUUGUCCUAAUUCACUCACUUGUUUUCAUUCACUCCUUCAAGUUGACUAUAUUAGUGGGCUAAUUUCACGAGUUCACACUUACAAAUAAGUCAGAUAAAUUAAUUGGUAAACGUAUUUUGCGUGCUGUCCGGGGAGAGGGAUCCGAGCCCGGUAAUCGGCCCGAACACAGAGUACCCCCCCCAGAGUAACCCAGAGAGUGUGAGGGGACGGGGUGGUGGAGGGAUUCUGGAAACUGUCGAGGAUCCUUGGGUGAGUUUGACUGUGAUUAUAUCUAGGCCUGAACUCAUGCUGAUUGGGUAGAUAUGUUGAUUACUGAUUGUUGACAGCUGGUUGAGAUGACGUAAUGAUUGGGUAGCUUAUUUGACUUGUUCCUCCCGAACUACGUUAAUAAAACAUAAUAUAGGGAGUAGUGAAUGAGGGUAUAGGGAGCGAUUUCGAACACAGCAUUACUCUUCGCUAGGUCUUGCUAAUGUCUACUGCAUCUCUAAGCCUCUGGUCUUAGUUCUUAGUUUUUCAGCCUGUAUUUUCCUGUUUGCCUUUUUCCCUGGACUCUGUUAUUGUUUGACUGUCUUGCCGGUAUUUGACCUUUGCCUGUUUUUGGAUCUUGUUUGUGGAUUACUCUUUCAUUAAACACUGCAUUUGGCUUUGAAUUCAUUUAUAAACCAGUGAUAAUAUUUAACUUGUUGUCAACAUUAGCCUACUUUUUUAAAGUUUCCAAAUGCCUGUUAUGUAGUUUAUCUGUUUUGUAAUAUCUCUUUUACUAUGAAGUGAACGUAAAGCAUUAUGAUGUCCAAGGCCUCAAGGGCUCAUCCAAAGCAAUUUUAUAUGACUUUUUCCUUGCAUAAGCCACACCUUCACUUGGCUUGCUAUUUAAACCCCCCACACAGUCCACAUUCAACAAAAGAUAACUGACAGUUCCCAAGUCUCCUGGAGCAAGAAAUCUGUUUUUGCUUUGUAAGCUCCAACACAGAUGACAUUAAGAUUUUUCAAAUAGUUGAGUAAUUUAUCUUUGCAUUCUGAUAUUUUUUUCAACUACUUUUUUUGUGGAUACCACUACAAACAUUCAUAUCGGACUACUCUUGCAGUCUGCUAUCAUUCAGUAGCAGACAAGAAGAAACAAAAUGGCUUGUGUUUUAUUGAGUUUUUUUAUUUUGAUAUCAGCGCAUCUGGUUGAAUCAGCUGGUGUGUUUGAGUUGAAAGUGCACUCUUUCACAAGCACAAACAGUGUGUGUAAACGGUCCAGCGACUGCCAGAUCUUUUUCCGCGUUUGCCUGAAGCACUCACAAGACAUCAUUCUACCUAAGACACCGUGCACUUAUGGCGCUGGAAUGACAGACAUAUUGAGCGUAGACUCCAUCUCCAGCAGUGCACAUAUCCGCGUGCCUUUUUUUUUCAAGUGGCCUGGAAUUGUCUCGCUGAUAAUCGAAGCCUGGAACGCAGAGUCCUCUGACCAGUCAAUAGAGAAUAUCAACAACACAAUCAGCCGUUUAGGCCGCCAAAAGAAGAUUCGCUAUCGACAAGGAUUGGUCCCAGGAAGUGCAUCUCGGAGAGCAAAGCCAACUGCGCUUUUUAUGGAACUUUUCUUAUCGCAUCGUGUGUGAUGAAUUCUACCACGGCGAGGAAUGCUCAAAUUUCUGCCGCCCACGGAAUGAUGCGUUUGGCCACUUCAACUGUGACGCCGCUGCAAACAGAAUUUGCCUGCCUGGAUGGAAAGGCGAAUAUUGCGCAGAAUCCAUCUGCUCGUCCGGCUGUAGUGAGGAGCACGGUUAUUGUGAGGCCUCCGGUGAGUGCAAGUGCCGCUUGGGUGGAAUGGCCCCCUCUGUGACAAGUGCAUGCGAUACCCAGGGUGUCUGCAUGGCACCUGCAACCAGGCCUUUCAAUGCAAUUGCAAGGAAGGCUGGGGCGGCCUGUUCUGCAACGAGGCUCUGAACUGAUGUCAUGGUAUUUUAUUUACUAUGCUGAAAGGUCUCAUCCAGCAAAUCUGCUUUCAUCACCUUUAAUUAUGGCGCUUUAAAUGAAAAACUUGUACUGUAGUUUAUCAUAAAUCAUAAUUUGUUAUAUAUAUGGCAGGUAGUUACAUAAUGUGUUCCACAAAUAAUGUAAUAAUGUAAACAAUUAAACACUUUUUAUGGUUUUA